AUGAACAGCAGGGCCCCAGGGACGCUGGCCGUGAGAGUGAAAUUCUUCGGCCAGCACCGCGGGGAGAAGCUGCUCACAGCCUCCGAGGACGGCUGUGUAUAUGGAUGGGAGACCCAGAGUGGGCAGCUGCUGCGGAGACACAGGCAAACUGAGUUGGGCAUUCCAGACCAAGGCAUAGAAGCCCAGGAAUUUUCCAGGUGGCUGGAGGGCCCCGUGAGGAUCUGCCGCUUCUCCCCCAUCUGCCUGUGGGAUGUAGAAGCCAAGUGUCUGCAGGGCCUACAGGGUCACCAGCGGAGUGUGGAGACCAUCAGCUUCAGCCCUGACUCAAACCAACUGGCAUCAGGCGGCUGGGACAAGAGGGUGAUGCUCUGGGAGGUGGAGUCAGGCCAGGCGCUGCGCCACUUGGUGGGACACCGAGAUGUCCCAAGCAGUGACUUCGCACCCAGCUCAGACUGCUUGGCCACCGGCUCUUGGGAUUCCACCACCUGCACGUGGGACCUUCGGGCAGGGACCCCACUGAUCUUCCACCAGGAGCUGGAGGGCCACAGUGGCAACAUCAGCUGACUGUGCUACUCAGCAUCUGGCCUGUUGGGGUCCAGCUCCUGGGACAAGACUACCCACACCUGGAAGCCCUCAACCGGAAGCCUGCCUGUCCAGCUCAAGGGCCACAUCACUUGGGUGAAGAGCAGAGCUUUCUCCCCUGAUGGGCUGCAGCUGGCCACCACUGGCUACUCCCACAUGGUCAAAGUCUGGGACUGCAAUACAGGAAAGUGCAUUGAGACCCUGAAGGGAGUCCUGGAUGUGGCCUAUGCCUGUGCAUUUAUCCCAGAUGGGAAACUCUUAGUGUCUGGAGCUGCUGCUUAG